AUGGCACACGCAGUUCACGGAUUUUGCGCUUCUGUCGUUGCGUUCACGUCGUCGACUUCGAGAGGGAGGAAAGUUCGUUCUUUGUCUUCUUCUUCUUCUUUGAAUAACAACGGUACCAUCACAUGGUCUGUGACACGUCGUUUUCCCCGGGGGCGUAUCUUCUCGAAGACGACGAGGAAGAACAACAACGGCGCAGUCGCGGAACCGAGCGGGGAUGUCGAGCUUGACUUCGGCGCGCUCUCGAGCGAGUCCGUGUGGAUAAACCCAGCGAAUAACGAAAACUAUACGCUCCAAACGCAAAUCUUAAAGCUCACCCACGACACGACGGUUAUCCGCUCCUUAGACUGGGACCGGGACAGAUUCGAUAUCGAAUUCGGCUUAGAGAAAGGCACCACGUAUAACUCGUACGUAAUCAAAGGCACAGAAAAAACAGUUUUAAUCGAUGCGAGUCACGAGAAAUUCGAACAGUUAUACAUGGAUUCCUUAGCUUCGGUGGUUGGAAACGACGAUUUGAGUUCGAUCGAUUACGUCGUGUGUUCGCACACGGAACCGGACCAUUCCGGAUUGAUCGGCAAAGUGUUGGAACGAGCGCCGAACGCGACCGUGGUCGGGACGAAAGUGUGUUUGGCGUUUUUGGAUAACUUGGUGCAAAAGGAGUUCAACAAGUUAGUCGUGAAAGGUGGAGACGUGCUCGAAUUAGGCGACGGGAGGCAGUUGAAAUUUGUUCCGGCGCCGAAUCUUCACUGGCCGGAUACCAUGUUCAGUUACGACACGGAGAGCGAGUUCGUGUACACGUGCGACGCGUUUGGCGCGCAUUACUGCACAAAGGACGUCUUCGACGAAGAGUUACCGAAACUCAUGCCGCAUUUUAGUUUUUACUACGAGUGUUUGAUGAAACCAAACGCGCGAUCGGUGUUGACGGCUUUGAGGAAGUGCGAGGCUGACGGAGUGAAGUUGUCCACGGUGUGCACCGGACACGGGCCAAUUUUACAACGCAACUCAGAAGAACUCAUCGGGGACUAUAAAAAGUGGUCCGAGAAAGCUUUGGAGAAAGCGAAAUCGUCCGUGGUUGUUUUUUAUACCGCGGAUUACGGGUUUAGCGAUCGAUUGUCGCAAUCAAUCGCCAGAGGUGUGGUGAAAACCGAUUGCGAAGUGGCGAUGUUGGAUUUGUCCACCUGCGACGCGCAGCAAAUCGUCGAGGAGGUUGGUCGUGCGAGCGGUAUCGUUUUGUUAGCGCCGCCGAACGCGAAGGAUGAGAUACAAGAUAACGUAGGCGUUUUAAUAGGCGCGGUGAAGCCAGGGAAGCAAAAGAUUUUGGUGUGCGAGAGUUACGGCGGCGACGACGAACCGGUGGACCCGUUGAUGCGUAAAUUCGCCGAGAUUGGUUUGCAAGAAUCGCAGUCGCCGUUGAAGUGCCAGUCGUCGCCGACAGAAGGGACGUACCAGUUGUACGAGGAAGCUGGGACGGAUUUGGGUCAGUUGUUGACGCAAAAAGAAAAGUUGAAGGAGAUGAAAUCGAGCAUGUCCGCGGACGUCGCGAGAGCGUUGGGGAGAGUCUCCGGCGGAUUGUACAUUGUCACCGCGGUGCAAGGGACCGCGAAAUCUGCCAUGGUCGCCUCUUGGAUCGCGCAAGCGUCGUUCGAACCCUUAGGAUUUACCAUUGCCGUCGCGAAAGAUCGUGCGAUUGAAUCCUUGAUGCAAGUCGGCGAUAGUUUUGUUUUGAACUGCUUAGGCGAAGACGGUUUCGAAGCGCCGAUGAAACACUUCUUGAAACGUUUCCCUCCAGGCGCGGAUCGAUUCGAAGGCGUGGAUUGGAAACCGGCACCGUGCGGAUCGCCGAUUUUAGCCGACGCCGUGAGUUACGUGGAGUGUAAAGUGGUUUCCAGAAUGGACGCGAACGAUCACUGGGUGAUUUAUAGCGAAGCCAUCGACGGCGGCGUGUUCAACAAAGACGCGAAAACGGCGUCGCACUUUAGAAAAGUUGCCACGUAUUAUUAA